GACCCCAAGGAGCACCAACCCGAAUCAUUCCCCACACAGCUCUAAAGUGGCCACCCAGUUCAACUUCAAAUCCUCUCUUUUAUAUGAAACCACCCUCUCCCUCCACCCCACCAUCAACCCUAGAACCUCCCCGCCAUCAAGCAAGGCGGCCGUCAUGAUGUCAGGACACGGCGCGCCUCCGCCACCUCCGCUUCCUAGGCACAGCCGACUCCACAAGCAUAACUCGUGGUCUCCUGACCUGCUCCGAGACGAGGCAUGGGAGAGGAGGAAAGGCAAGGGAAAGGAAAUGCUUAGUGGCAGGAGAGCUGGUGGUGCUAGCCUCGAGCGGAGCAAGAGCGUCACCAACGAGGACCUGGAGGAGCUCAGGGGCUGCCUGGAGCUAGGGUUUGGGUUCGACUCGCCCGAGGUCGAUCCAAAGCUAUCAGACUUGUUCCCUGCACUAGGGUUAUACCAGGCCGUGAACAAGCAGUACCACCGGAGCCUGUCGAGAUCAUCGUCAGUCUCCUCUCUGUUGUCGUUGAACUCCGAUAAUGAUUCCGAUCAGGGUUCCAUGAGCUCCAUAUAUGAUCCUGGUGAUGAUCCCAAGACGGUGAAGACGAGGCUAAAGCAGUGGGCGCAGGUGGUGGCUUGUUCGGUGAAGCAUUCUUCACAUUGACUGAUCAGAAUUUGCAAAUUCAAAUCCAUACCAAAAGGGAAGUUAUUAAUUACAUGAAUUUUUGUAUAUAUACAACAGAGAUUAUAUAGCAAAAUGACUGGACUGGUAUACUCUUCUUUUUUUACAGUUUCUCAAACAUUUUUUGCUGUAUGAAAGAGAUCUUUCGUUUGAUCCUAUUGUUUACUUCAUCGUUCAUAAGAUAGAAGUUUAUUCAUUCCUGUUCUUCAAAAUUUUGUUUUAUUUUCUGCCUAUUGUAGAUUCGAAUGCGAGUCCCGUGUC